GAAAGGAGAGAACAGACGUGAGGAAAAGAAAGAGGGUUUUCGAUUUCCACUAGCCGAGAACCUUGCAUCGGCGUCUGUUGAUCCAUCCGCCGCUCGGUCCGUUGCCAUCGUCGCCAGGAAACAAGUUCGAGCUACUGCCGCGGUCCUUCGCUUCAGCCAUUCACGUUUUUUUUAAGGCUGGGGAUCGAGCAUUGUCACCUCACCCGUGGAUCAAGCAAUCCUUGGUGUUUCAAUUUGACAACUUUGUCAAAUUAGGUUGAGUCAUUUGGCACGUGGUCUAUAUACGAAUGGGUCGCCUCGAUAUCCGUUUCGUGCCUACUCCGAAGCUAGAGCUCAAGAAGUUAUGGGGCCAGUUGAAGCUAGAUGGUCAGCAGUACGUUCUCAAACGCAUUGGAUUCAUGCUGCCAACCCUAGACAUAAAUGUUCAGAGCGGGGUCAUGCAGGCACUUGCUCAUUUUUGGUGCCCCGAGACGACCACAUUUGUGUUGGGAGGUAAGUUUGAGCUCACACCGACUCUGGAAGAAUACAGUAUUGCCAUUGGGAAAUCGAUUGAGUUGGAUAUAGUUGAACCACCCAUUCGGGUAGAUCCUGUGGUAGCGCUUGCUGAAUUUUUGAGUUUGACAAAAAAAGAAAUUGAAAAAGUGCUAAAGGGUAAUUGUCAAGCAUGCCUAAUAUCUUUUCUUAUUGAAUGUUUCGAAAAUAGCUCCAUCCGCAUGAGAUCUAGGAUUUUUAUCUUAGCUUUUUUUGGAUUCAUCAUUUUUCCAUUCCGUCAAAAUGCUAUUGAUCCUGUAAUAGCUUGGACGGUAAAACAAAUAUGUGGUGGAGUUAGUUUCAUAAACACAAUUCUGGCAGAGACUUUCAUAUCUCUGACACGAUUCAAGAAAGAAAAAUAUAGAACUUUUCGAGCCCCGAUCGAGCUUUUACAAAUCUGGCUUUUCUCACACCUUUCUCAAUUUGAGGACAAUAUGACUGUAUUUGAAAUGGGCAUGACUGAUAACCCUAUUUUAAGGUUCAAACAAAUACAAGAUCAAACUAAGAGUUUGCACUAUACACAAUGGGUCCAUCUGUUUAAGGAUCCAAACUCUAAGAUUUUCCUUUGGCAAGCUGUGUGGUUUCGGGAGGUUGAGGCUCGACUAUGCCAUGGCGAUCAGAAGCCCGUACCUUUGAUGGGCAUUUAUGGGGCAACCAGCUAUCAGCCUCUUCGAGUUACACGACAAUUCCGAGUUUUGCAGGAUGUCCCACCUCCACUCGGGCCCAAUGAAUUUCAAGUCCAAUUCGAGAAAGGCGAGUGCUACAGAGCCGAGCUUAGGCAUCAUUUUGAGGCUUGGCAGAAAUGUUCCACUCAGAAGUUGAUUUGGCCCGCAGAUGAGCCCACCGGAAGGAUGAAGAGUCACUUUGCCAUGGCCCGGUAUAUUCAGUAUCAUACCAUCCUUGCUAAGAUACUCCCGAAAAUCCCGGUUGUGACAGCGCGGCAUACCCGUCAGACCCAAAUCAAAAUCAGCGAAGAAAAGGCGAUGAAGGCCCAGGAAAAAGCAGAUGUUUUGGCUGAAGAGAAUGCACGAUUACGGCGUGCCUUGAAGGCCCAUUCGUCUAUAGAUCACGUGGCCUCUAAAAAAAGGAAGACCAUUUGAUUUCAUGUUUGGUUUAGGGAGUUUUUCUUUUUUUUUAG